GCAGCUCGGGACAGACCGCCGCUGCCGCCGUUCACGUCCUCAGACCUGAGCAGCGUUACUGACCCGCUGCUGUGUUAGUGAAGCUGAUCUCCAGGAGUCUGGACCGGCUGAGUUCUGCUGCAGUGACAAGAAUCAGCACCUUUUGGUGAUGGUGAGACGCGCGUGACGCACCGGACUCCCUCGCGUCUCCUUCAGCGGCUCGGUGGUGAUGAACGGGGGUCGGUGCGGCGCGGCGGAGCGUCCGGUGGGCGGUGUCCUGUCGGCGGAGGGGCUGCCGCCGCUGCCCAAAGGCCUGAGCGGCAUCCUGAACUCCAGCGGCGGAUCGUGGCGGGACAUCGAGAAGGUGCACAGCACGAGAGCGCGCAUCCAGGCCGACAUCAGCCGGGGCGGCGGGGACGCGCAGCGCGGCCACAGCAAACCGUGUGGACUGGACGCGGCGCUGGCGCUGCUGCGGAAAGAGAUGGUCGGCCUGCGGCAGCUCGACAUGUCUCUGUUGUGCCAGCUGUGGUCUCUCCGCGAGGCCAUCCAGGAGUACAAGGGCUCCACGCUGCUGUCUGACGCCUCCUUCUCUGCUGAUAAUGGAUACUCUGAGGAGGAGGAUGAUGAAGUAGAAGAGGAGGAAGAGGAGGAGGAGGAGGAGACGGGAGCUGUCUCACAGCCCUCUUCCUCCUCUUCGUCCUUGUCUCUGCCUCCACCCGGCGGUAACUCCAGGGACCAGUGGAUCAAGGACUCCUUUCAGAUUCCCUAAUAAAGACGCACGACAUCUCACUCACGUCUCGCUGUAUUUAACUUCAUCCACACUGUUUUGCCUCUUCUGUCAGACGAGAAUGACUUUAUCUGGUGUUUCACUGCUGCUGGAGGUGUCUGACAUCACACACGUGGCCUUUGUGUUGUGACGUACGCUUGUUGUAUUUGGCUGCACUGCUUCUAAAUAUCAGGUUUGAUAUUCAGCUUCAGCCGUCUGAUAGGACGAUGGAGCCUGAAGUGCCUCAUCAGGGACUCUUCAGUCAUCUCAAGUGAUUCAACAGUCUGGAUUCAUGGAGACGGAUCGUAGUUUUUACUCUCUGUUGUUCCACUUGCUGUUGUGUCACGAUUGGUUUGUCCUGUGAAGUUUCAGGGUUUUCCAUGCAAACAGGGUCAAAAACUGAAUCUGACAAGGUAAAAGUAUCUCCAGUGAUGCUCGAGAUUAAAAGAAUAUUGUGUAUUUGAACCCCCGUCCCACAGUUUAUCAAAAUGACUCUGAUAUCCAGCUGUUGACUUUCUGAUUAACUCACACUUCCUGCUGAAUUUGCAGUUUACAGCAUCUGCUGAUGUUAAAAUCGAUUGAAACAGAGACAUAAAUCCAGACUGAGUGACACCAGAUCUUAUCAGCUCUCUGCUCUUCAUUGUGCAAUCUUCAUGCUGCUACAUGCUGCUACAUGCUGCUACAUGCUGCUUGGCAUUAAAAUUAAACAGUUGGUGUUUCAGAGCAAUAUUGUGACAUCUCUGACUACAAGCGUGGGAUGAAAACAGCUCUCAGAUUCUGCAGGCUCUGUUUUUUUAAGCUGAAUAAGAUAAUUUUUCUUAUCACGUUGUUUUCUCAGACAUUCAGCCUCUGAACUGAAGAACGUAUAAACUGUGCUGUCAUUAGUUCUACAAGCGUCUGACGAUUUCUUCUUAUUAAAUAUGAGGAAAGAUUA